GAUUGCAUGACUUGUGAGUUUCCUUAUUUGGGGGCCUGCAGCGGUGUUUGACUGGAUCUUGCUGCCUGGUUCUGAAUGAUGUCAGAACAGGAUUUGGCAGAUGUUGUUCAGAUUGCUGUUGAAGACUUGACUCCGGAUAACCCAGUUGUGUUGGAGAAUCAUGAAGUGACAGAUGAUGAUGUAGAGCCUGCUCUGAAACGUCAGCGUAUAGAAAUUAACUGCCAGGAUCCCUCUAUUAAGUCGUUCCUGUAUUCCAUUAAUCAGACAAUAUGCCUGCGGUUGGACAGCAUUGAGGCCAAGUUGCUGGCGCUAGAGGCUACCUGUAAAUCACUGGAAGAGAAGUUGGAUCUUGUCAUGAACAAACAGCAUAGCCCCAUCCAAGUCCCCAUGGUGGCAGGUUCUCCUCUUGGCGCUACGCAGACGUGCAAUAAAGUACGAUGUGUUGUCCCUCAGACCACAGUAAUACUGAACAACGACCGGCAGAAUUCAAUUGUAGCCAAGAUGGUGGGGCAGGAGGAGCCGUUGAGCAGAACAGCGGAUUCUCUGGAAAAUAUCCUUAGCAAUGCUGUUCCUGGACGUAGGCAGAACACCAUAGUGGUGAAAGUUCCAGGGCACGACGACAGUCACAAUGAAGACGGAGAGAGCGGCUCUGAGGCCAGUGACUCGGUUUCCAACAGUGGACAAUUAGGAAGCCAAAGUAUUGGGAACAAUGUCACGCUUAUUACGCUGAACUCUGAAGAGGAUUACCCCAAUGGGACAUGGCUCGGAGAUGAAAAUAACCCUGAGAUGCGGGUCCGCUGCCCCAUCACCCCUGCUGACAUGCUGCACAUCAGUACGAACUGCCGCACAGCCGAGAAGAUGGCACUGACGUUGCUUGAUUAUCUUUUUCAUCGGGAAAUUCAGGCCAUCUCCAACCUUUCAGGCCAGGGGAAGCAUGGGAAGAAGCAACUUGAUCCUCUCAUGAUUUAUGGAAUUCGCUGUCACUUAUUUUAUAAAUUUGGAAUCACAGAAUCUGACUGGUAUCGAAUCAAGCAAAGCAUAGACUCCAAAUGCCGAACAGCUUGGAGACGGAAACAGCGAGGCCAGAGUCUUGCUGUGAAAAGCUUUUCAAGGCGGACACCUUCAUCAUCAUCUUACAGUGGUUCAGAGGGUUCGCAGAGCUCAGUUUCAGCUUCCAAUGAGAUCCAGCAGAACCAGCCACAGGCCCUACACUACGCGCUAGCCAACGCUCAGCAGGUUCAGAUCCACCAGAUAGGAGAGGAUGGACAAGUCCAAGUGAUCCCACAGGGCCAUCUCCACAUAGCCCAGGUUCCUCAAGGCGAGCAAGUGCAAAUCACGCAGGACAGUGAGGGAAACCUGCAGAUACAUCAAGUUCAUGUGGGUCAAGAUGGGCAGGUGUUGCAGGGUGCCCAGCUGAUCGCUGUUGCUUCUGCUGAGCCCGCCUCGGGGGGUGUUGAUGGCUCCCCGCUCCAAGGGAGUGAUAUCCAAGUCCAAUAUGUGCAGCUGACACCAGUGACAGACCACUCCGCGGCUAAUCAGGGCACUGAUACCCUUCAAUCAGCAAUCCAGCCAGAAAUGCAGAUAGAACACGGAGCGAUCCAAAUUCAAUAA